GUCGGAACAGCUGAUUAGAGCACUCGUGUAUCAGAAAAUUCUUAAACAAUGCCCGAGUGUAAAGGGUUUCCGCUGGAGCUGGAGUACAAGAAGAACACUGGCAUAACGGCCGAAGACAUCGCUAAGUUGAGACAAUGGCUGAAGACACAGCCGCAUCUACCUGAGCCGCAUAUAACAGACCUGGACCUGAUCCUGGCAUUCCACAGCUGCAACAGGAGUACCGAGGUGACGAAGCAGGUGCUGGACCUGCACUACACACUCAACACUCUCUUCACCAACUUCUUUAGCAACCGGACAUUUGAUGCCAAAAUACAAGACAUGUUGGACAACAUUUUGUUCGCCCCUCUGCCUACUCGAACUCCCAGCGGCGACGCCAUACUCUACAUGAGGAUUUUGAACACCGACGUCAAAGUCUUUAACAUUGAAACUUGGAUCAAGGGUUUCUUCAUGGUUAUGGACUUGGUGCAGUACGAGGAAGGCACCUGGCCUGGCUUCCAGAUAAUCGUGGACUUUGAAGGCUUGGGCUUGGGUCAUAUCACCAAAGUCGACGUCACCAACAUGCGUAGCGUCCUUUAUUACUUACAAGAAGCUCUAUUCGCGAAGCUCUCUGGUCUCCACUACAUCAACGCGCCGAGCUGUAUCGACGUGCUGCUGGCGAUGAUCAGACCCUUCAUGAAGAAGGAGCUGAUGAAGAUCUUCCACGUCCACACGGCGCCGGUCUCGGAGCUCGGUAGUUUCUUCCCGGUUGAGGCGUUGCCCAAGGAGGCCGGAGGGAAAUAUAAGACUUUCGAGGAGUGCAAACAGGACAUAACAGCUAAGAUCAAGAACAGCAACGCAUUCUUCGAGCAAGAGAGCCUGAAGAGAGUUACGGAGAGUCUACGGCCGGGCAAACAGAAGACCAUAUCAGACAUCUUCGAAGGUGUUGAAGGAUCAUUCAAGAAAUUAGACAUAGAUUAAAUUUAGACUAGUGAUUAAAUA